AUGGGACCAUCUCUGAGAGAUCACUCGUCCUUCGUUCGCCCGUCCACUCGGGACAGGCCCGCGACUCGCGGCGAGGGGGAAAAUUCGCUGGUCGUCCCCAGUCGCACUUCAUCACUACACUCUCGAAUCACUCAACCUAUUCCUUCGACUCUUAACAUCAAACCCGCCCAGAGAACCCCAAAGACUCUAACUCAUGCCUAUAUGGUAUGUGGUGUGGGCAGAGAGCCCUCUCAAUGGGUUAAAGCGCCUGCUCCAGAACAAGGCAAAAUUGGCCACAUGAAAGGGGCUGUCGGUCAAUUCUGGCUUCCCGAGAUUCUGGGCAGUAGUCCCCGUUUAGAGCAAGAUAAUGAGAUUGCUCGAGCUUUACAUGCUGCCAUGAGGGCAUGUUUCCCCCAUGAUGUCGAAAUCUGCACAGGUAAAAGCCAGCCUCACUGUGCCCAUCAUGCAUUCGUCUUGCAGCAAGACUCUUCCCACACUCUCUACGGUAUCGCGCUGCGCGUCUGGUCCCGUGCUGAUGAGAAGCGUGCCGAGACCAUCCGUGAGCUUCGCAAGAAGACCGAGCCUGACUUUUACGACAACCCCGAUGAGACUUACUGGAUCCCCUAUUGCUUGAGUUUUCUUUCCCGAUACCCAUUGUACGACCUUUUGGGUGACUACCUCCGAGGUAUGUGGAUCCAUUGGAACAAAGCUACCAACCUGUUUCACGCCGAGGAGGUUUCGCGUAUUUUGAGCUUCCCAGCUCCUCGCCUGAACGACUUGGUUCGCAUCGACAUGAAGGACUACGCUCUGUGCUACCAGUUCCCAUCAUCCCCAACCGGAUUCCAGAACUUCGCCAUGUGGCCCCUGUUCAACUGUCUUUCAAUCCCCAACAUUGUCGGUGUGAUUGAGGCAGCCGUGUCGCCAACUCGACGCAUCAUAUUCGUCAGUCAUUACCCGGCUAUGUUGACAGUGGCUGCAGAGACCAUUCGUUACUGUGUCCGCGUCUACGAAUGGAGCGGUCUCUACGUUCCUGUGGUGCACGCUCGUCAUGUCAAGGAGCUCGUCCAGGAGCCUGGCCCUUACAUUCUGGGUAUCACGGCCGAGUGCCGCACUCUCUUCAAUGCUCCCUCCGAUGCCCUCGUGGUGGAUCUGGAUCGCAACUUUGUUUUGACCUCCAGCCCACCCAAUGUCUUGAAUCAGGGCCAGCGCACUAAGUUUAUUAACCGAUUGACCCAGUCUCUCAAUGGUGAUGUUUCACCCUCUGGUGUCCCAGCUCACCUUCGAUCUGCCUACGCAGGUGGCAAAUUGAUCCCUGCCGGCCAGAUUAUUGUCAUGCGCGGUGAGGUCGAGAGUGUCCAGGACCCUAACUGGUGGAACCAGGACUCUGUGAUGAGUGUGAUGGAUCACGUUUGUGAGAAGCUCGGCCGCAACACUGGCAUGAAGGCUAUCUUCGGUGGCUCUGUCAAGAAGCCCCUCAUGACUAAGGUUUCAAUGCGUCAUCUUAACGAGAUUGUUCGUGAGCGUAACCAGUACUCUCGUGAUGCCAUGGAAGCCUGGCAAGACUUCAUCAACCUCAAGGGACGUAUGGAUACCGAGCUUAGCAAGGUUACCAAACGCAACAACUUCCUUGUCGAGGAGCUUGAGACCUGGAAGCAGCAGUUCCUCAAGUUCCAGGCCUUUGCGGAGCAACUUACCAAGGAAACUUCUGAACUCAAGGUCAAGAUUGAAACCCACAAGCGUGAGAACCGUCGUCUUACUGGUCUCAUUGAUCAACAGAAGGAUGAUGUUGCUCGUCUUACAUUGCGUUUGUCUGGAACUGAGAAGCAGCGCGAUGAUGCUCUUGAGGCUCUGGUCCUCCAACAAGAGAUUGCCGAGGAGCUGGAGCGUGAACGCAAGCGCAACCAGAAGGAGAUUUCUGCCCUACAGCACACUAACUCCACCCUUGGCCGCGAGCGCGACGACGCUCAACGCGUUGUUUUGCACUUGCGCAGCCUGAUCAAUGGCAAGAGCCACCACAUGGAACACAUCGUUCGCUCCAUUGGCAGCGCUUCUGAAAUUACUGAGAUGGUCGAGCAGGGUUACGAAGACGCACCCGAAGAGUCUGCUGAGAGCGAGAAUGAGAAGAGCACAGAUGGAGCUAUCAAGAAGAAGGCUUCGAGUAAGGAAAUCAUGGGUCAAAAGCCAUCGGUAAAUCAUAUGAGCCCCGAACUCGAGCAGCACCUGCUGAACCUUGGCAAGAAUCACAAGUCCCUUGCUCGUCUGAGUGUCACAGAUGUUGCAGACCGAUACCUUCGCGACAAAACAGACGCCAUCGCCGACAUUAUCCGUAGCAUCAGUGACCAGUGUGCCGCCGCCGUCGAAGGCCUUCACCUCGCCCAGGAUGCCGAAGAUGAGGAGGCCGAGUCCUCUAACAAGCUUGCUCGCCCUUCUGAUGAGCAGCGUCUCGGUUCCGAAUACGACAGCCAGGAAGGACGCACCACCCGUGCCACCAGUGAAAUCAGCGAUGUCGACAACAACUCAUUGCACCCGGACAACCGCCACUCAAGCAUCCCUCCUACCCCUGACCUGGUACACAACCGAUCAAGCACUUCGAUGUCUAUGGUCAGCAGCUCAACUUUCCCUGAGCGGUCCAGCCAGCAAUACGGCCCUGGUGAUAUCCCAACUCGGAUUGUGGAAGAUGAUGAUGAGCACAACCACGAGGCUGAGGGUCUAGAUGACCAGCAGACUGAGACUGGUACUCUGUCAAAGCAGGCCAGUGAAGACAUCAUGCGACCCCAGACUGCUCGUGUGAUCUCGUAG